CACAGCACACUCGAGCCCACGCUUCUUCACUCUCUUCCUUCACUUCUCUACUAUCCGCAAUAUCGCAGCCAUGGACCAGGUUGAGCUGGAUCACCUCAACUCCCUCUUGGAUCGUGACGUAGAAAUUAAAGAGAAACUAAAAGAUACUGUGCAAGGAUUUGAGAAGCGGACACGCUCAAUAGUGGGCCUACUGAACAAGAUACACGGAACCCCUUCUGAUGCUAUUCCUUCACUGGUCGAUGGUGUGCGGCCGAUGUUCAAUGGGUGUGCUGAGUCCAUUGCGACAAUAGCAGAACUCAUUCCAGAAAACGAAUACUGGCGUUGGUCGAAUAUGUGGACGAACACCCUGCGGUCCGCAGUUUUCGCAGUAGCAUUCGUAGAAUACCUGGACAGCGGAAACCUCCUAUCACAAUCAGGCAUAUCAGAAGUUCUCGGAGUCAAGGAAGACACAAAUACGAGGAUGAUGAUUCAAGCGGAAGACUAUUUACAUGGCCUAAUCAGUUUAGUGAAUGAACUAUCGCGUUGGGCCGUGAAUGCCGUUACCCUUGGUGACUUUGAACGACCAAUUCGGAUAAGCAUCUUCGUGAAGAAUGUCUUCGCCGGGUUUUCGAUGCUAAACCUCAAGAAUGACUCCCUCAGGCGACGUUUCGACAGUCUAAAAUAUGACAUAAAGAAAAUAGAAGAAGUCGUGUAUGAUGUAUCUCUACGCAAACUGGCCGAUCCGAAGGGUGUUGUGAUUUGUGAAGCCAACAUGAAAUAG